GCCAGGGGGCCGGGGCUGAGGAGAAGCGGUGGCGGGGCCGGGACGAUGUCCGUGUGCAGGGCAUUGCCGGGGCGGCGGAGGCCUCGGGGGGCGGGAUGAAAGAAGCGGCGCAGAUGCAAGGGCGGGAGGGUGCGGGGGCCUGGCGCUCGGUCGGCACCCAGACGGGCAGCGUCACCGGUCAAAUUCCAAGACUUUCGAAAGUCAACCUUUUCACUCUGCUCAGCCUCUGGAUGGAACUCUUUCCAACUCCUGGACAGAAUCAAGAGUCACAGAAAAAGGAAGCAGAAAGCUGUGGACACUUAGAAAAGAAUGAAGACACUGCAAAAAUAUUGGCUGAUAAAAAGCAGGUGAAAAAAACUGGCCUUGUGGUGGUGAAAAACAUGAAAAUUGUUGGUCUUCAUUGUUCAAGUGAAGAUUUACAUGCUGGCCAAAUUGCUGUUAUUAAGCGUGGAUCAAGGCUGAAAAAUUGUGAUCUUUAUUUUUCCAGAAAACCCUGUUCAGCAUGUUUGAAAAUGAUUGUAAACGCUGGAGUGAACAGAAUUUCUUACUGGCCCGCUGAUCCAGAAAUAAGCCUUCAUCCAGAGGUUUCAAAUCCUACAAGUACUGAAGACGCAAAGCUAGAUGCCAAAGCAGUGGAAAGACUGAAAUCAAACAGUCGGGCCCAUGUCUGUGUGUUACUUCAACCCCUGGUGUAUAAUAUGGUGUCAUUUGCAGAGGAAACAUCCUACAAGUGUGAUUUCAUUCAAAAAAUUGCAAAAGCACAGCCUGACUUGAAUAGCGACUUUUAUUCUGAAUGUAAACAAGAAAGAAUAAAGGAAUUUGAAAUAUUAUUUCUGGUUUCAAAUGAAGAGAUGCAUAAGCAAAUACUGAUGACUAUCGGCUUGGAGAAUCUAUGUGAAAAUCCAUACUUUAGCAGCCUAAGACAAAAUAUGAAAGACUUCAUCCUUCUUUUGGCCACAGUGGCUUCCAGUGUGCCCAACUUUAAACACUUUGGAUUUUAUUGUAGUGAUGCCCAGCAGCUUCAAGCACUGCACAAUGAAAGCUUGUCCCAAGAAAUUGCGAGGCACUGUAUGGUUCAGGCCAGGUUAUUGGCAUAUCGGACUGAGGAUCAUAAAACAGGAGUUGGAGCAGUAAUUUGGGCAGAAGGGAAAUCUAAAAAUUGUGAUGGAACAGGAGCUAUGUAUUUCAUAGGCUGUGGAUACAAUGCCUUUCCCGUUGGAUCCGAGUAUGCUGACUUCCCACAUAUGGAUGACAAACAGAAAGACCGCGAGAUAAGAAAAUUCAGAUACAUUAUUCAUGCUGAGCAGAACGCCUUGACAUUUAGAUGCCAAGAAAUAAAACCCGAAGAGAGAAGCAUGAUUUUUGUAACUAAGUGCCCAUGUGAUGAGUGUGUACCUUUAAUUAAAGGUGCUGGCAUCAAGCAGAUCUAUGCAGGCGAUGUAGACAUUGGAAGAAAAAAGGCAGACAUCUCUUACAUGCGGUUUGGAGAACUUGAGGGUGUUAACAAAUUUACAUGGCAGUGGAAUCCUUCAGAGGCUCAUAUUCCUAAUCAAGCUGAUCCUGAAAGCAGAGAGAAUGGCGUUUUGAAAACCAAGUUACUGGAGGAAGACCACCACCAAAAGAAGAAGUUAUGUCUUGGAGAUGGUUAAAAGCAGCCCUUCCUGAAUGAGAGUGAGAGUGAAGGUGUUGAUUAUUUUGAUAGCACUUUUAUAUUCCAGCCAAUAAGGAUGGAUCUUAAUGAAUGACUACAAUGUAUUUUUAAAUAUGCUAAUUUAUUAUUUGAAUGUGAAUAAUGUUAACAAGAAUAUUUUUGUUUAGAUUUGGUGACUGUUUUAGAGACUUCAAUAGUGUGUGUUAUCAUUACACUAAAUGAGAUGGUAAUGGUGAAUACAGAAUGAUGUAUGGUUGCCUUUUGGUUUUCCCAAA